GCUCUUAGGAAGAAAUGACAUCUAUCUCUGGGAUAUCUUGCCAGGCCCAUCCCCUCUCCUCCGUUCAGGUCUUACUGCCACCACACACUGCUGACAGCAAGUCCCCUGCCAGACAGGGUGGGGAUGCUGGGCCAUGGCCGACGCUUGCUCUGUUCCCCUCCUCCCCAGCCCAAGGAGUGGAGGGUUUGGGCCGUGCUCAGAGAGAGCAGAGGAUGUUUGUUUGGUUUCCCUAGUUACCGCACUGCCUGCUUCAGUAAUCACAUUUUCCUUGUGCCGGCUGGGCCAAGAGCGGCAGAGAGGAAAUCUGGAACAACUGAGGUCAAACACUGGCCUGGGAGCAGCCAGGGCCACUGCUGGGAGCGGCCACAGCCCCUCUGUGGCAUUUAGGUCCUUGCUGUUGCGGGUACCCAAGCCAGCAGGGAUGUACCAGAGGCGAGGAUGCAGGCUCCAAGCUCACUUCUGGCUCCCUUCAGCCACUGCCCGAGGGCUCUCGUCACACCCAAGCGAGUUUGGGAUGCAGGGAGCAGCGCUGAACUGCGGGAGGAAUUAAAGGAAUGAAAACGUUUGUGCAGGCAGAAGCCAGGUUGGCUGCGUGAGCAGGGGAUGCGAGCGGGGGAGCCUGCAAGCGUGGGUGUGGCUGUAUUUAUAGACCAGCGGCGGCGGCGGGGUGCAUGUGUGCAGGGGGCGGCAGGGUUGCUAAUGCCUCUUAUUCCUUGAGCGCUUCUUAGCCCCAGCAACCGUGGGGCGCUAAUGCCACUUCUUGCCCUCAUCCCUGGGAGAGUUUCUCCUGCAUGUUAGUAUUUACAGACAAUCCUCUUGUUUUGUAGCAACAGAAUUCAAGUUUGACAUGUGCAAACUAUAUCAAACUUGAAUAUCAAACUCACAUCAACACCCUGUCCCUUCCAACAAUUCACUUCAUGAAAAGUGAAUGUAGCAUACAAGCUUCCAAUUCCUGGCUGCCCUGAAUCUCAAAAGAGAGAUCUGAGGCUGCAACACAGCAAGUGCUGGUGGCACUGCUGCUUUAGCGUGUAGUAUCUAUUCACGGCAACCAAAUUAGCGUGCACCAGUAAAGCAGAGCAGAAGAGAAUCACCUACCCUCCAGCACAGCGGCACCACGUGAGCUGGACAGAGAGGAGGGCUGGGACAGCCUUGCCUGUCCCGACCCUCCUCUCCUUCCUCCCCAGCCGACAUGGAGCAGGGGCAGCGCAGCCUGGAUGCGGAGCAGAUGCAGCAGCAGCUCAGACUGCGGGACCGGCAGAAGUUCUUUGAGGAGGUUUUCCAGCACGACGUGGAUUUCUUCUUCCCGAUGUCUCACCUGCAGAUAGAGCAUCGGAGACCCCCCUUAGGCAGCAUUUCCUCCAUGGAGGUGAACGUGGACAUGCUGGAGCAGAUGGACAUGAUGGACCUGUCAGACCAGGACGCUGUGGACGUGUUUCUUGGCUGUGGGACAGAGGAGAGCAGCAUUGCUGGGCCCCUGCCAGGAGCAGAUGCCAGCCAGUGCCCGGAGGAAAUCACCCUGCAAGUGCCCAGUGCAGCCGAGGCCAAGUCUCGCAUUUCCUCCACAUCCUCUGUCUCCACGGACCUGAACAGCUUGGACACCAGCGAGGAAGGGGCCGAGACCCCCGUGGUGCAGUCGGACGAGGAGGACCUGCAGGAGGACAGUCCUAAAGAGCAGGUGGCAAGAAGCUAGCGGCCAGCUCUGCCCGGCUCCCAGCCUCCUCUGUAUGGACCUGCCAACACGGAGAAAGGAAAGCUGCUGGCUCCAACUCCCACCCAGUAAACCCCAUCCUGGACUGCUGCCCUGCAGGAGCGGAGAGAUGGUUUUCCCCUCCUCUCCCUCUGCGUUCUCCAGGCAGCCAAGGCAGAAGGGUAGCGUAGGCUCCCCCAAUUAACUCUUCAGGCUUUGCUGCUAACACUCCCUGCUUCACUCACCCACAACGUUCAGCAUCCCGCAGCCGUACCGUUCCCAGACAGGCCUCCCUUGGGAUCGCAGCUCCCCCGUCCCAUUGACGGGGAUCCUGCCCGACAAGCAUUUAACGACAGCACACACAGAAAUAACACUCCGAGCUAAACAA